AUGCCAUCUACGCUAACGCAAGCCGAGUCAGCGGACUUUGCUGCAGCUAAAGCAUUAGCCCAAGACCCGCAUGGAGCUAUUAACGAAUCCUCUGGAUUGUGUUAUAAUCCGAAGAGUGACAAGCUUCGACGCUCUACUUUAAAGCGAUUAAGUCGCAAACACGAAGUUAUUGCUGAGACUGAAGAUGAGGACGUACUUGUUCUAUCAUCACCAGCAUCUUCAAAUAGUACUAGCAGCUUAAGCACAUCGGAGAGCAAUUCAAAGCGUCCGGUUGGACCUCAAGAUUUUGAUCUACUGUGCGUGAUUGGCCAAGGAGCUUUUGGUAAAGUCAUUCAAGUUCGACACCAGCCUACGGACGAGAUAUUGGCAAUGAAAAUUGUAUCAAAUAAGUACAUUGUGCAGCACAAUUCGGUAGCGUACUUGCAAGCGGAGAGAGACAUUAUGACGAAGAUUAAUCACCCAUUUCUUAUCAGUCUUCGAUAUGCUUUUCAAACCAAGUCAAAUGUAUAUUUGGUCAUGCCCUUUGUAGCUGGUGGAGAACUAUUUCAUCAUCUUCACAAGGAGGGACUUUUACUUGAGAGUUCGGCUAGAUUUUAUGCUGCUGAAAUGGUACUCGCACUGGAGCACUUGCACUCAAAAGGCAUCAUUCAUCGAGACUUGAAGCCCGAAAAUGUACUGCUUGGUGCUGAUGGGCAUAUCUGCCUCACAGAUUUUGGCCUUGCCAAAGAAAUGACGGAUGAGGACGAUUCGACAAAUACGAUGUGUGGCACGAACGAAUAUAUGCCGCCGGAAAUGAUCCGUCGAAAAGCGUACAAUCAGGCUGUUGACUGGUGGGCGCUUGGUGCUCUUAUUUACGAGAUGGUGACGGGGUAUCCACCGUUUCGACAUAAGAAUCGCAAGAAGCUUCAUCAAAAGAUCUUAAAUGAAAAGCUGCCACUUCCAAAAUGGCUUGGAUCUGAUACUCACUCGAUUUUAAAGCAGCUUCUUGAAAGAAAUGUCGACAAACGUCUUGGCUCUGGCAAGUCGACAAUGUUUCAAGUGAAAGGAGUGCAGGCUAUUAAAAAGCACGCUUUCUUUAAAAGUAUUGAUUGGGGUUUGCUGGAACAAAAGAAGGUGCAGCCACCAAUUUCGCUAAACGUUUUAAGCAAUACGGAUACCACGUACUUUUCCGAAGAGUUUACAACAUUGGACGUCGGACGUCAAAGCCAUAUCGACACUGCUAACACAAGUGGCGAUUCAAAGAAACUAUUUGCACGAUUUUCGUGGGUCGCUGAUGACGCCGCAAGCUUUGCCAAUAUUAUGCGAAGUAAGGUGAAGGAUGAUUUGGUUACAACAGCUGCUGACGGAUUAGCAAACGUGACUCUUCAUGAUAACCUGAGCUCUGUUUGA